AUGUUGCCGGUAAAACACCUGAAAGAUCCCAUUCAUACAUCCAAUCUGUUUAUUCAGAUUUGGAUUCUCAUCCGACAAGUUAUACAAAAGCUUCGCCGACAUCUUCUUCUUCUACUUCUUUGUCUUCUUAACUCUGGCCUCAGAAGAGGAAGUAGUAGAAGAAGAAGAAGAAGAGACAGGAGGACAAAGAAGAACCCAGCAUUAAGACAAAGGUAA